AUGCACAGAGCUAAACCCAGGGCGGGAGCAGCACUGGGUCAUGGGCAUCCUUCAGCCUGGAUCGGCCACAUUCCUUGCUGCCCACUGCAAAACCAGCUUGGGGAACGUGUCUCCGGGUCAGCACGCUGCUGCUUUUCUCUUCCAGAUCGCCUGACCGUGUCCUACUGCCGGAGCAGUGGCCCUGGGGGGCAGAACGUGAAUAAAGUGAAUACCAAGGCAGAAGUUCGGUUCCACCUGGCAUCAGCAGACUGGAUUCCAGAAGCUGUGAGACAAAAAAUGGCAUCCAUGCACAGGAAUAAGAUAAACCGAGCCGGUGAGCUGAUUGUGAACUCUGAAGAGAGUCGCUACCAAAUGAGGAAUCUGGCAAUUUGUUUGGAAAAAAUCAGAACCAUGGUCACGGAGGCUACUGAGAAACCCAAGGUGGUGUCUAAGGAGACUACACAGAAGCUGAUUGAGAGGGUGGAAAAAAUGAACCGUGAACGACUACGACAGAAAAAGAUACACUCGAAUAUAAAACAGAGCAGGAAGGCAGACUUUGACUGAGAACAGCAGAGAUCGAAGUCCUUGUCACACCGUCUUUUUUUUGAAGAAAUGACAUUGGCAGCUGUAGAUGAUGCGAAACUCAUGAGCUGUAUUGAAUAAAAAUGGUCUAAAAGUGUCAAUAAAAA